AUGACGAGAGGAAAGAAGAGCGACCAAAGAGAGGAGCCAGAUGACGGUGUGGCUAGGCCUGGAACUGACCAGGGGGCCACGGCUGUUAAACCAGGGGGCAAGUUUGAGGAACUGACUGAGAUGAUGAUGUCAUUCAUGCAGUCUCAGACAGCCAGAGACAAGCAGGAGGAGUGCCGUUUGAGGAGCAUGGAGCAGCAGUUCACACGGAUACAGGAACAGGUAUCCCUGAUAAAAGAGGAACGGAGACUCCGGAGGCAAAACGGCAGAUUGGCUGAAGAGCUCGACUGCAUCAACGUCUGGUAUGGGGACCAGACCCAAAGAAAAAAAAAAGUGAUGCAGCUGAUUAAAGAGUACCGCAUGGAGCUUCGGGAGCAGGACCGUCAGAAGCAACAGAAGGAGGCGAAGCAUAUCAUGGAGCGUCAGCAGCUGGAGAGACGGAGACAGGCAGAGCUCUCGGCCCAGAAGGCCAGAAAGGAGGAAGAAAAAUCGAAGCGAGAGGAGCUGGUAAAAAUCCUGGAGGAGAAUAACCGCCAGAUGAAGAGUGAACUGGAGCGAGCGGCCGCUGAGAAGCUGGAGAAGGUCAACAGCAGCCUACAGCGUCACCUGCAGCGCAGCACGGAGGAGAAGGAGGAGCGCCAGAGGGAGCUCACCGGGAUGAAGGGGCAGAUAGCCACUCUGAUGCAGGUGCUGCAGUUCCGGGCGGACCCCGCUCAGCUGGAGAGGAAGCUCUACUCAUCUGAACGGCGGCUCAAACAGACUCAGAGUGACAAGAUCAAACUGCAGCUCAGAGUGGAGGAGCUGCAACACAAGUAUGAAGCAAAAGGGAAUCAGAUCCCGAAGAGGGAGAAAGAGAAGCUUCUUUUCGACAUCACGCCCCCCUCUGAGGAAACCAUGCUGCACAAGGGGAAGCAGAAACACCGGGCGGAGUGGAGACCCAUGGAGGAAGCCAAGAUUCUUAAAACACUGUAGUUUCUGGGGAGAGGGGUAAGGAAAUGUAACGGAGGUGAUCUCUGGGGCCAUAGAUCUCGGCCUCCGUUACGGAUAAUAUAGCUUCAUAUUUGGCGAAGUAUUGAUCUGUUCUACACUAAAA